AUGACAGAGGGUAGUAGCUCUCGAAAAAGUCCCUUAUAUAGUGGACAAGUCGGUAAAAAAUUACCAGGACCUUUAGCAAAGAAAUACCCACAGAAUAACCAUUUAGGACCUGUUACGAGGCCCAGGCGUUUCAGUCUUUUAUACAGUUCAGACUCUUCAGUCAGUGAAGGAUCUGAUGUGGAUGAGAAAGAUGCAGACCCUAAGAAACAAGAGAGAAGAGGAAGCGACAGAGCUAGAAGUAUAUCUAGCAAUGCUGGAGGCAAGAGAAGUAAACUGAUACGUCAUUCAUCUGACAUCCAGGAGGAAGAAGAAGAAGAAGAGGACGAUGAUGACGAUGAUGACGAUGCGAACGAUGAUGAAAAUGACAACGAGAAUGGCAAUGAGAUUUCCGUACCUGAACAAGCUGUCUCCAGUGAUGACGAGGAAGUAGGUGAUGAUGAGGAGUCCGACGAGGAUGAUGAUGAUGAUGAUGAUGAUGAUGAUGAUGACAACUCAGACUCCGAGAGUGAAAGUAAUGAUACCAGUUCUUCAGAAGAGGAUAUAGAUUUUGUUAAACUGCAGGCACAGAGAAAGAAAAGAUCUAUGAAGGCAUUGUCUGCUUUGAAAAGAGAUGGUUCGAAUUUAGGUGAAGAAAGAGAUUCCAAAAGAUUGGCCACGGAAAGCCGGCAACCUGAUAGAAAAACUGAAUUGGAACCUAUUAGUCCUAUAUUGGAAAAUGAGCAAGCUGUAAGUUCCACUGAUGGUAGUGACAUGGAUGAAGAAAAUGUGAAUACUGAAGCUUUAUCGUUUAAAUUUAGAAAAGAUGACGACGGCAUAAGGUUUGGUAAAGUUGAUGAUGAAGACAGUGAAGAAGACAUUGGUGAAGAAGUACAAGAUGCUGAUGAUACCUCUAAUAACAACUCCCUAGAAAUUCAGCCAGACGACAAUCUGAAUCAACUGCAUGUACCGCACUUCUCAGAUUCAGAAGACUCGGAAUACAAUAUUGACCAAGAUGCAUAUUUCAAUGCCAUCGAAGACGAAGACGAUUUGGUAGGUAUUGAGAAUGGUUUAGAUCCUAAUGAAGAUGAGGAUGGUGAUGUUCUACGUGAAGAAGAAAACAUGAUAUCUGCAUUGCAAAAUGACGAUGAUAUUUCAUUUGACGGUAGCAUAAGAGAAUCUGGAUCUGAUCCAGAAACGAUGAGUGUAUCAGCGGCAGAGCAGAAUAGAUCGGUUGAUGGCGAUGAUGAAAGUGAUGAUGAAGACGAUGAAAUGAUGACUGUCUUUGAUAUGCCCUUUUUCGAAGAUCCCAAAUUCGCCAGUCUUUACUACUGUGAAGAUGGUAGUGAACCUCGACUCAGUCUUUCCACAUCUUUACCACUGCUUACCUCUGAUGAAAAGAUGCUAAGAAAAAACAGAAGGGAAGCUAAAAAGCUAGAAAGGAAAGAGCGUAUACAGAGACGUAAACAGCUUAAAGAGAAACGCAGUAGAGUAAAGAAAUCGGGGGUCAAGAAGGCAAAGUCCGAUUAUAACGAUGAGGAAUUUAUGUUCGGUGUUUUUUUCAACAAUGACCAAGACGAUAGCGAGAGUGGGUUCAAUGGUGGAAGCCUAGAGUUGAAGAAGAAAUUGGAUUUCGAUUCGCCCUUGCGUCGUUUGGGAUCUGCGGCUGCUUCUGAUAUCAGUUCUGAUGACGAAUAUGAUAACAUUUUAAUGGAUAUCGCUAAUAUACCUUCCAGCGAUGACUCUGAUGAUGAGAAGAUUACCAAGGAUAAAAAAGGCCAUGAAAAUGGUGAGGAAAAAAUUGAUGAAUCCGUUGAAUCAACAUCUGAUGGGUUAGAAUUGGAGCUUGGAGAGACGGACGAUGAAUUGCAAGACGAUUCCAGCGUGAGCAAUGUGUUUAUCGACAUUGAUGAUUUGGAUCCAGAUUCGUUUUAUUUCCAUUACAGUGAAGAUGAUGCAUCCACUUCAUACUCUGAAAUGAUGACUGAUGAUACAGAUGCAGACAAGAAAGAAAAGGAGGAGGAUAGUAAAGAGGAUGCCGUGGAGACCGUGACUUAUGCCAAUGACGAAUCCACUGAUGAGGACGAUAAUCUACCACCUCCUAGUUCUAGAAGUAAAAACAUUGGUACCAAGGCUAAAGAAGUCGUUAGCGCAAAUGUUGUUGGCUUGAAACCUCCUAAACUUGGAACUUGGGAAACCGAUAGUAAACCUUUCACGAUUAUCGAUGGUCUUUCCACCAAGUCCUUAUACCCCUUGAUACAAGAACAUCAGCAUUUAUUGGAACAACAACAGAGAGCUCAAUCACAAAGCCCAGAAUACCACUCCCCUCAUGAAGUCACAUCUGCUAACGGUGACGAAUUGACUUUGAACGAACUUUUGAAUAUGAGUGAGCUGGAAGAUGAGGAAGCACCUGCUCCCUCAUAUUCUCAAGCGGCUUCCGAUUGGUACCAAAGACCUGCAGUUCCCCUAUCUGCCUUUAGGAAUAAAGGUGUCAAUUCCCAUGAAGAUGAUGAAGUUAUGUUGCCUGCCAAUUCCACCAGAAAAGUGCCCAUUGGUUAUAUUGGGAGUGAACGUACUAGAAGAAAGAUAGAUAAAGUUAAAGAAUUACAACGGAAGAAAAACGAAAAGAAGAGAAAGUUGAAGAAGAGAAAGAGACUUUUGAAAUUGAAACGAGACAGGCAGCGUGCUGAAAAGGAGAAUGGUGUACAAAGUCAUGAGGCUAUUGGCGUAGAUGAAGGAGAGGCAUCUCUACAACUUCCAGAUUCUGAUUUUAUCAUGGAUCGUGCAAUUGAAGAUGCACAGCAGGAGACCGAGGGACAGAGAUCGAGGAAGAAUUCCGUUAAAAGCGUUGGUCUGGCAGAAAUUCAUGAAAUUUUGGGGAAUGACAACAGUGAUCUCUUAGAGAAUAACGUUGAAUUUUUCGAUGCUCAGGCUGAAGAAGAUGCAGCAGCCAUGGAAGUCACUGAUGCAGAUAUCCUGGCCUCUUUAACGGCACCAGUAGAUCUCAACGAUGUGGGUCGUCGUCCAUUUUGGAGACGUCGGCAAAGUAUGGUGGAAGCAGCAGCAGAAAACCUGAGGUUUACAAAAAAUGGGUUAUUUAGCGAAAGUGCGCUAGCAGACAUUGAAGGUUUUUUCAACAAUAGUGGAGUCACAUCUAAUGCUUUUGAAUUCAAUGAGAGUUUACAAUGA